AUGGAAGCCUACGAUAUGUACGAGCAGUGGCGGUGGAGAAUCAUGCCGUUCCGAAUGGCCUUGGACGCAGAGCCAAACGAGGCGAUUAUUCAUUUCGAGCUGGCCGCGACCCUUUACCAGUUGGCCACUUCCUUGUCUCGGUUCAUGUCCAGGGUUCGUGGAGAUCGAAGAAAAACAUUUCCCUUUUUUUUUGAUAGUUGUAGCCAAUUUUUGAGCGUUUCAGCGAUCAGCUGCUUCUCCAUGUAAGAGCAGGAAGGGCCCAGAUUUUUCAUCCCUUCCAAAAACAUGAUUUUGAAAAAGGGGACAGUUCGAAAAGACGAAAAUUUUGAAAGUCCUAAAAGCAAGCCCUUUUGAAGAUCGGCCAAAGACUUCAGCAUUGUGACAAGUUUCUUGUUUGGAGAAAGAAGAGAUUUAGAAGUUGAGAUCGAGAUCCGCCCUUUUGAGAAGUAGAUUCAAAAAAAUUUUUUUUGAUUUUUUAUGGCAUUGAUUCAAUUUUUCCAGCUGGAAAGACGAUGACUACCGCAAAAAUCGAAAAAGCUCCCGAGUAAUGAUUUCCGAACUUCGAAACGAGGCUCGUCGACAUUUCGAUGAAUGCCUGGCCAUCGCUCUGCCCACUCACGUCGUCGCCGACCCGGAAACCUUCUCAAAUACGACAGAUCCUCACGAAUUCCAGUGGCUCUGCUACUUCUUCAUCGCCAAACUCAACGCGAAGGAGAAGGAUUACGAUGUUGUUAAGGUUGGGAAAGGGGGACUGGAGCAUAAAUGGGCAGACCAUUUUUUAAAGGCCGUACUUUCAAAAUUUUAACGUUUUUUCGCCCGUUUCUGAAUUCAGAAUGUUCUUCGAUUCGCUUUAUUAACUUAAAUUUGAUCAAUUUGAGAGUUAUUGGACUGUUUUUUUGGAGCACUUUCUUCAGCCAUUAACCCCGAAAUUUAAUGAUUUAAUCGCUUGAGUGUGAUUUUGAAGCAUUUUGAAGCGAAAUGACGCGAUUUUUUUGAGGAGCUCCAGCUCAUAAGAACAAGGAUCUGAACAUAAUAAUAUUAAAAAAAUACUUUUUUUCUCUGUAAAAAAAUAAUAUUUUCCCUCGUUUCUUCAGUCUAAAUUUUUAUUCCGAAAAGCCGAAUAAAUUUCAAAAAGUUUCGAUUUUUUUCAGGAGCGCUAGCUCAUAAGAACAAGGAUCUGAUCAUAUUAAUGUUAAAAAAAUACUCUUUUUCCCUGUAAAAAAAAGGUUUUCCCUUGUUUCUGAUGUCUGAAUUGUGUUAUGGAAGCCGAAUAAAUUUCAAAAAAACCACUGAAAUCCCUUCCAAUUUGAUUAUUAAAAUUCAGAACAAGCCCUUUUUUUCUUCCUGAAUAUCUCACUUUUUUUGAGUUUUUACAGUGUAUUCUCUCAGGUCAUUGACGGAUUCUUCGAAGCCGCCUGUGCCUGUGAACUUUUGAAGUUCUACUAUCCGUUGAAGAUCAACGUCAGCAAGCAGACACACAUCGAACCCGUCGAAGUUCAUUACCAAGCCCACGCCGCUGCUUGGAAAUAUAUUUCUCAAUGGUUUGUAAGAAAAAAAUAGGGAAGAAUAGGAUAAAUAAUGGUUUUAAUACUAAUAAACUAUAGAUUUUUACUAAAAAGAGUUAAUCAUUCAGAGAAAAAAAUAUAAUGAAAUAUGUAGAAUAAUUCUGAAAAAGCUUGUGGAAUCCAUAUGGAACUCUCAUAUUCACAAGGAAGAGCUUUUUUUCGUAUGAAUUUUUAAAAAAAUUUUGAAGCUUUCUUUAGGGUUUUCUUUUCCAGUUUUUCAACAAAAAAACCGUUUCGAACUGCUAUAACUUUGCAAAAAAAUUUCUAAGAAAAUAUUUUUAAUCGGCGAAUUUCAGCGAAAAAUCCGCCGGUUGAGACGUUGGUCAAGCUUCUGGCCUAUUUGAGAACCUUCCAGGCGCAUAAGGUUGGAUUUUCGAACAAUUUUAAGGAUAGUAAGGAAGGAAAUUAUGUAUUUUUAUUGAAAAAAUGUCGGUUCUGUGCUUUUUUUCGAGAAUAUUGUAUGUCGUCUAGGGUUUUCAGGCUUCAGAACAGUUCCCCAUUCAAAAAAAUGGGGUUUUUGAAUUGAAUUUCCGGUAAUUUUGGUGGCUUAGAACACCUUUUUCUCUCGAUUUUUGGGUCAUUGGGGAAAAAGAAAAAAAGAAGUAAAAAAAUGAAAAAUUUUGAUUAUAAAAAGGGCUUUUUUUACUGAUGAGGUGUAGAAUGGAUUUAUUUGCACAGCGGAUUUUUUUUUAAUCUAUAAGUUUUCUUAAAUUUUUGAGCUUCUUUCUUAUUUUUUCUUCCGACUGAAGAAGAAAAAUCAACUUUCUUGGUUUAAGGUUGUCAAAAACGGAAAUAGCCUUUUCUCGACAAAUCCUGAACUUCAAGAGGUCGCGAUUGAGCUGACGGUGAUGACUGCACGGAAUUUGGAGCUGGAAGAGUGGGGUCAAGAUGAUGAGGCGGCGAGAAUGGUGAUUAUUGACGUUUUCUGAUGGAAAACAGCUGGAAAAUCACAUUUUUUGAGGGAAAAUACAUCAAAUUUCUUGUUUUGGUAUCUUUUUUUCGUUUUAUAUAGCCUUUCGUUCCAUAAAAUCAGCAUUUCUUUGAUCUUUUGCAAGAAAAAGCUUGGGCCCAGUCAAUCUUACGAAAAAUAUUGAUUAAAUAUCAUAUUUUGAAUGUUAGUUUUGGCUUGAAAUUACCGAUUUGAGCCAGAUUUUUCAAAAAUAUUGCAAUUUGAAAGAGUUAGACAGAAGCUUUUGAUGAAUAAAAAUGGCCUAUAUUUGACGAUCCAAAAAAACAUGAUUUUUCUUCUCUUUUCAUUUAUUGCGAUUGUGGGAAAAUUUCCUUUUUUUCUUACAUUUUACAACACCAUUUUGCAGGUUUCUGAUGUGCUGACCCAAACCGAACUCCUGGAAGAAAUCGAGAAACUCUGCUUCAAAGGAUUCGAAGUAAUCAAUUUUUCUCGAUUCAAGAUGUUUCAAUUUUCAGGUUGUUUGUGAACGAUUCCCCCACAUGAAAGCUCAUUAUCGGUUGGCGGAGAUGAACUUGGCCCGUGGAAAGUUGGUUUUUGGAUUAACCAGGAAAAGCUGUAGUGGGUCCUAAAGGGAUUUUAAGAUUUAGUGGGUCCUAUAGGGAAUGUUUAAGGAGGAGAAAAUGGAAAGACCCCAUAUAGGGUCCCAUAGAGGGGGGUCCUUUAGUAUACCUACACCUGGGGGUUUCUUCUAUAGGAUACACUAAAACUUUUCCUAGAAGGAAGAUCGAAGAAAUGAAAAAUUUCCUUUUUUUAAGAGGUCCUGUAGCCUUCCCGUUUGUUAUACCGUGUUUAAAAGUGAUUCCCCGCGAAAUUCAAAAGAGCCGUCAGAGAGUGAGAAAGACAACUUGAUUCCGGAGAGUCAGAGAUAAUUUUUAUUUAUCCGGAAAUUAUCGUACAUCGACCCUUCUUGCACAGGAAGAAUUUUAAUUGACAACUAAUUUUUUCAUUUUUAUACCGUUUUCAGGGAAGAAGCCGCGUCGGCCCAUAUCCUGAAGAAUAUCUUCAAACGGAAGAAAAGGGGCGAUAACCUUUUUGAUGUUGGUUUUUAAAAUUAUUUCAGUAAAAAAAGUUUCUUAGGCCUUUUUUCUGGAUAUAUCAAUUUCGGAACAUCUUAUUUACGAUUUUCCAUUAUCAGAAAUGCGGAGACAACUUUUUGAGCCAUUCCUUCUUACUGUAGCAGGGUUACGGUAGGCAGGAUCUAAGUAUUGGAGAGUUUUUACUAGGCAAGUAUCAAACGAUAGGUAAUCCAAUGUUAGGAACUUUUCAGUACAAAACAUCUUGGAUUACUGUAGAAAUUUUUGAGACUCCUUUCGGACCUUGGUUAAGCACUGGACGUGAACCGGAUGUGUUUGAGAAUUCUUAGUGACCACUUUAGUAGCGUCAGCGCACUUUAGUGAUCCCUAGAAUUGCUUAGAAACGUCAGGUUCCAGCGUAAGAAGAUCCCUAGAACUCGAGAACAGCUUUUUCCUACCUUUUUUCAAAAAUGAAGACAUUUUCAACGUAUUUUUAUUCCAUAAAAACUUGAUACCAUUUUCAAAAUGGUUUCAGAAUGUCGUGGAAAUAUCCUGUAGCGAUAUCAAUCGCGUAGGUUCCUUCAAUUCGCACGUGGAACGGUGUCUGAUGAUGGCGAUUCGAUUGGUCGCCAAAUCCAAGGACGUUGCCACCCUCGUCUCCAUCAUCAUAACCCUGAUCACUGUUAUUGAAUAUGAUGAUAAGUGAGCUCAAAACAGGGAUAAUCUGUUUCAUGUCGAAAUUCAGAGCUUUUAUCGACACCGAUGUUCAUGAACCCCUACUUCGGCUAUCGAUUUCGGUUCUGAGAAGGAUUUGCUUCCCAAAAAAUGGUGUCAUUCCGUCUCCGGACACUCUGAAGACCGAGAUUUUCCGACUUUUGACGGCUCUGGAGUCGAAGUUGGUCUUCAGCACAGAAAGUUUUGAAAAUCAAGAAGUUUCAGGCAAAAAUCCAAGAAGAUGAUCUUGUGGACGACGAAGAAUUGGCUGGAGAAGGCGAUCAUUGAAAAGUGAGGGAUUUUUUUUUUUUGAUUGACAUUUUUCAAUCUCUUUGAACGCUCUGAACGCAUUUGGACUGGCUUGCGAUUUGAAAAACUCACGUUUUAAGUGUCUCCAAAUUUUUCAUACCGCGCAAGUCGUAUUGGGUCGGUUGCAUCUUCAAAGCCAUUCCUAGUGCGGCCACUAUACAAUUUUUGACUGAUCUUAUUCAGAAGGUCUAUUGAAAAUUUGGAAUGGCUUGCGGUUUGAAAAACUGAAAUUUUGAGUGUCUCCAAGUUUUCCAUACCGCGCAAGUUGUAUUGGGUCGGUUGCACAUUCUAAGCCAUUCCUAGUGCGGCCAUUGUACAAGUUUUGAGUAAUAUUAUUUAAAAGGUCUUCAAAGAACUCGAAAUUUUAGGGAGCAACUUUUCGGUAUUUUUUUUCUGUUUUUUGCAUUUUUUGGGGCAUUCUCACUAAAUCUUUGACUGAAAAAUUGCCUUUUUUGUACUUCUAAGCAAUAAAAAUGAAUUUUUGAAGUAUUUCGUUCAGGUUGUUCGGUAAUUUGGAGCAGUUCAAGAUGAGGAUGACUACUUUGGAGGAAUUUACGAAGAAACGAGUUCCAAAGGUAUUAUUUUUGACUCGAUUUUUCCUGAAUUGCAAAAAAAUUUUUUUCAAAAAAAUUUAUUCAGAAGAACAAGGGUUUCUAAAUAAUCAAUUGAGGUAAAGUUCAUUUUUAGAGGUAGAACAAAGAAGCAGGGACUUGGGAUUGGAAAAAAAUAUAAUUAAAAAGCAAAAAAAUGAAACGAAAAUUGGAAAUCGGUAAGGCUGGAGGUAAUUUUGAACGGAAUAAAAUAAAAAAAUCAACAAGUUCAGGGCAAAAAUAAGAGCGAGAAAUCAACGUUAGGCUGAAGAGACGACAGAGAAACACGAUUUUUCUCAUUUCUAGAGGCUAUUCAAGCUCUAACAAAAGCAAGAAACAAGAAAAAUUUAAAAAAAACUGACGAAAUAAGCGGAAGUGAGAGAUCAACGUUAGCUGCAGAGGGGCCAGAGAAAAUAGAGUGCUUGGGUUUCUGUGCCGUCUUGUCAACGGAACUCUCACUGUUGAUUUAAAGGGCCAAAGAAAAAAAAAAGUAAACAAGCGAGAGAUCACGGGUGGCUGCAGAGGGGCCAGAGAAAAGAGAGUAUGCCGUCUCGUCAACCGAACUCUCACUGUUGAUUUAAAGGGCCAAAGAAGAAAAAAAGUAAACAAGCGAGAGAUCAACGGUGGCCUGAAGAGAUGUCAGAGAAACGACAGUAUUCGGUCACCUCAUACCUCCAAAUAUUAAUAUACAAAGAUGCCGAGGUUUUCGAGUUGCAUCGAAAUUUUUUUGGUAUCUUGGGGUCGCGAGGAUUUCAAGCAGUAUUUUCUGUUAUUAGGGCACCGUUUUCGUCGACUAGUGCUCCGGGAGGGUACCUCUACCUCUACCGCCUGCUUUGGGGCCACAGCAGUUGUUUCUUCUUGAGUGUCGGUUGAUCUCUGGAUACUGGCAGAAUAGACGCUGGUGCUCAAGAUGAACAGGAAGAGGGCGAUAAGAAGGAUGUUCCUCUGCAUCUUGUUUGAGGAAUCGGGCAGCUGUCCGAUGUUCUUGCCUGAAUUAUAGAAUUUCUUGCGGAGGCGAACGGAAAAAAAAGAGAAUUUUCCUCGGAACUUUUUCGAAGAAGAGAAACACUCUUGAGUUAUUUUUCCGGCGUGUGCCAAGGUCACAAGGAGAACUUUUCCUGGUGAAAAGUCGGUAUUUUUUUUUUCGGGAAAAAAAGAAGCUUAUCUAACAGUGCUUUCAAAACGAAUUGAUACAGAAUCUUGUGAAAAAAAACCUUUUUUGGAAAACUGUGGGAAAUUCCCGAGUCAAAAGUCCGGCGUGUAGUGUGAAGGUUCACGGAGAGAACACAAGGAAUCUGAAAAGGAAAAUUAAACGGAACAAAAGGUAACGUUUUUCUGGGGGGAAAAGUCGGUAUUUUUCCGGGAAACGAAAAAGAAGCUUAUCUAACAGUGAUUUCAAAACGAGUUGAUACAGAACCUUGUGAAAACGAACCUUUUUUUCCGAAACUGUGAAAAAAGUCCGCCGUGUAGUUUGAAAGUCACGGAGAGAACAGAUAGAUCUGAAAAUAAAAAUUGAACGGGAAAAUGCAAAUUUUUUCGUAGUAAGAAGAGAUUUUUAGUAAUUUUUGAAUGGAUUGGGCAAUACUUCAGAACGGAUAAUUUAAUGAGAAAAACAAAAAACAUAAGAAAAAGCGAAAAGGAGAAAGAAUGGAAUGCUUGUGGGACAGGACGCCUGGUGACCUGACCUACAUGUAGGCGUGACAAUGGCACGCCUCCUUGUGUUCGUGCCAAUGGCACGCUGCCUUCUCGUUCUCACGCAAAAGUGAAGUGACAAUUACGUGCCAAUGUCGCUUUUGCGCUCAGCACCCAUACCAAUUAAGAGUUCUGAGCUGCUUCAAUAAUGAACCAAGAACAAUGUCGGUUCUACCCACAUCUAACGUGGGUAGUGCAAAAGGAAUUUGAUGAAGCGUGGUAUAUAGGUACUUUCAAACACCCUGAAUCCAAAAAAGUUGAAAAAAAGUGCGCCUUUUUGGUUCUAGUCGAGUUAUGGCGCCUCAAUGUUGCACGCAAAAAAUGUGUUUCAAAAUUUUGAGCGUUUUUUUUAAAAUUCCAUCUUCAAAGCUUCAUCAUUAUUCUCAAGAAAAAAACUGGCAAAAAUAAAUUCCAUCUCAGAAGAUUCGAACCUGGAUCAUAGAUCCCACAGCGCAAGGCCGCUCGCCACUACACCACGCUGCCGCAACACAUUCUCUCCUUCCCUCCAAUGAAUUUUUUGUUUUCAAAUUUUGAGGAAUAACUCGACUAGAACCAAAAAGGCGCACUUUUUUUCAACUUCUCUGGAUUCAGGGUGUCCGAAGGUACCUAUAUCAUAAGUUUCAUCAAAUUCCAAUACAUCGACUUUUCGCAAGGCCCGGUGAAGCCUUGCGCGGUUAUACUUGUUCAAAUUCAGUGUCCUUUGAAAAAUCUGAGGAACAGUGGAAAAAUGAAUAAAUCAAACAUGGAACAAGAAGAUGAUCAUCAAGACAUUUUCAAAAAUUAAUUUUUUCCUGUUUCCAGAAAAGAAAGACAGGCGGACCUCUGGAUUUCUUGCCGCCACCGCCGAAGCAGCCAGUCCCAGCGAAGCCUUCACUCGCAGCGUCGCCUUCAGUCUCGAGGCCUUCAGUCGCAGUAAAGCCUCCAGUCGCAGCGUCGCCUUCAGUCGCGAGGCCAUCAGUCGCAGUGAAGCCUCCAGUCGCAGCGUCGCCAGCCCGACCCCCAGCGACCGAUCCGGCGGUCGUGAACCUUCAAAACAUGAUCGUCGCCGCCCAGAACGGCGAAUUAACCCCCAACGAGUUGAUGGAGAUCAUGUUGAGCCAAAUGCGUAAUUUGUAG